GUAGUAGUACCAGUGAGAGUGAGUUCGGCUGCGGUAUCGAAAUGGCGGGGGUUAGGGCAGAACUCGGCGGCAGAGCGACAAACCCUUCUCCCCCACCAGUGCCUGCUUCAGCUAGUUCUUUUGAACGCGGAAUCAUUCUAUUUAUCGCGUUAUAUGCUAGUAUAAAAGUUGUCCGCAUAAUGGCAGCAAAUGAGGUUGGGCGUAUUGAAGGACUAGCUGCAGCGAAAUUGGUAGACAUUCAACGUUCGACAAAUUUUGGCGAAGACUCUAACAUCGGUAUGAAAGAUGAUUUCUUGGUCUAG